GUCUCCUGCUGUUGGUGAAUAACUGCAGACCAUGGAUCAUGCUGAAGAAAAUGAAAUCCCUGCGGCAACCCAGAAGUACUACGUGGAAAGGCCUAUCUUUAGUCAUCCCGUCCUUCAGGAGAGGCUGCAUGUCAAGGACAAGGUCUCAGAUUCCAUCGGGGAUAAGCUGAAACAGGCAUUCACAUGUACUCCUAAAAAAGUAAGGAACAUCAUUUACAUGUUCUUGCCCAUCACUAAGUGGUUGCCAGCAUAUAAAUUCAAGGAGUACGUGUUGGGGGACUUGGUCUCGGGCAUAAGCACCGGGGUGCUUCAGCUCCCCCAAGGCCUGGCCUUCGCGAUGCUGGCAGCUGUACCUCCGGUGUUUGGCUUGUACUCUUCAUUUUAUCCUGUUAUCAUGUACUGUUUCUUUGGAACCUCCAGACACAUAUCUAUAGGUCCUUUUGCUGUUAUUAGCUUGAUGAUUGGUGGUGUGGCUGUUCGGUUAGUACCAGAUGAUAUAGUCAUCCCAGGAGGAGUAAACGCAACCAAUGGUACGGAAGCCAGAGACGCAUUACGAGUGAAAGUCGCCAUGUCUGUGACCUUACUUUCAGGAAUCAUUCAGUUUUGCCUAGGUGUCUGUAGGUUUGGAUUUGUGGCCAUUUACCUCACGGAGCCUUUGGUGCGAGGGUUCACCACUGCAGCUGCUGUGCAUGUGUUCACCUCCAUGUUGAAAUACCUGUUUGGGGUUAAAACAAAGCGGUACAGUGGGAUCUUUUCAGUGGUGUAUAGUACAGUUGCUGUGUUGCAGAAUGUCAAAAACCUCAACGUGUGUUCCCUAGGCGUUGGCCUCAUGGUUUUUGGUUUGCUGUUGGGUGGCAAGGAGUUUAAUGAGAGAUUUAAAGAAAAAUUGCCAGCGCCCAUUCCUCUCGAGUUCUUCGCUGUGGUGAUGGGAACUGGCAUUUCCGCAGGGUUUAACUUGCAAGAGUCCUACAGCGUGGAUGUCGUUGGAACACUUCCUCUAGGGCUACUUCCUCCCGCCAACCCAGACACCAGCCUCUUCCAUCUCGUGUAUGUGGAUGCCAUUGCCAUAGCCAUCGUUGGAUUUUCAGUGACAAUCUCCAUGGCCAAAACCUUGGCAAAUAAGCAUGGCUACCAGGUUGAUGGCAAUCAGGAGCUCAUUGCCUUGGGGAUCUGCAACUCCAUCGGAUCGCUCUUCCAGACCUUUUCAAUUUCUUGCUCCUUGUCUCGAAGCCUUGUUCAGGAGGGAACAGGAGGAAAAACCCAGCUUGCAGGUUGUUUGGCCUCGUUAAUGAUUCUCCUGGUCAUCUUAGCCACUGGAUUCCUCUUUGAGUCACUGCCCCAGGCUGUGCUUUCAGCCAUUGUGAUCGUCAACCUGAAGGGAAUGUUUAUGCAGUUCUCAGAUCUGCCCUUCUUCUGGAGAACCAGCAAAAUAGAGCUGACCAUCUGGCUUACUACCUUUGUGUCCUCCCUGUUUCUGGGGUUGGACUAUGGACUGAUUACUGCUGUGAUCAUUGCUCUACUGACUGUGAUUUACAGAACACAGAGUCCGAGCUACAAAGUCCUGGGGCAGCUCCCCGACACCGAUGUGUACAUUGACAUAGAUGCAUAUGAGGAGGUGAAAGAAAUUCCUGGAAUAAAAAUAUUCCAAAUAAAUGCCCCAAUUUACUAUGCAAAUAGUGACUUGUAUAGCAACGCGUUAAAAAGAAAGACUGGUGUGAACCCAGCACUCAUAAUGGGAGCAAGAAGAAAGGCCAUGAGGAAGUAUGCGAAGGAAGUCGGAAAUGCCAAUGUGGCCAAUGCGACUGUUGUCAAAGUGGAUGCAGAAGUAGAUGGAGAAGAUGCUACGAAGCCUGAAGAAGAGGAUGAUGAAGUAAAAUAUCCCCCAAUAGUCAUCAAAACAACAUUUCCUGAAGAGAUGCAGAGAUUCAUGCCCCAGGGGGAGAAUGUUCACACUGUCAUUCUUGACUUUACACAAGUCAAUUUUAUCGAUUCUGUUGGAGUAAAAACUCUGGCUGGGAUUGUGAAGGAGUAUGGAGAUGUUGGUAUUUAUGUGUACUUAGCGGGAUGCAGUGCACAAGUUGUGAAUGACCUCACCCGCAACCGGUUUUUUGAAAAUCCUGCCUUAAAAGAACUUCUGUUCUACAGCAUCCAUGAUGCAGUCUUAGGCAGCCAAGUCCGAGAGGCAAUGGCUGAACGAGAAACCUCUGCUCCAGCUCCCCAGGAUGAGAUGGAGCCCAAUGCCACACCCACCACACCCGAGGCAUAAAGGACCUGCACGGGGUUGUGCCCCUCUCCUGCGUUCUGAACUUACGCACUUUAAAUACUAGACUGCAGCUUUUUUUCUCCUCCCCACCGGGAAGGCUUGAUUUGGAGGGUGAAUGAUGCGUACCAAGAUGUAUCUCAUACUUGUGUUGUUUAAAUUGGAUAUUUCAGAGAUUAACUGCCUUCUGCACUUAGGGGGUGACAUUUCUAUUAUAUCUUAGUGUUAUUUUUGUUUUAUUUUUAUUUUAUUCUCAUUUCUGAUUUAUCAUCUGUAAUCGUUUGAAACUAAUCACAUGAAACUACAAAAUUAGCAAGUGUCUUAAAAUCUGUGCAUAAAACAUAAAUUACCUCUAAUUUCAAACUCUCAUUUAUUAGUGUACUACUUAAUUUAAAGAAAGAGAGAAAAAAGAAGAAAGAGAAAAAAGAAAUGGCUCCAGGUUAGUCUUACAUUACUCUUUACAAAGGGAGACGGUCCCUGCUAGACUGCAGGAGCACACCCACCCACACGCCAAUCUCAAAACAUUUCACUGUCUUCGUCAUGUACAGUUCCGAGUAUUACAUUUCACUCUCACAGCUUCUGGUUAUAGAAAAGCCCUGCUUUCCUUUGUUAAAGGAGUUCAGCCUGGCUGAUGGUGUUCCCUCCAAUAGUCUUCAUCUUCAUCUCUCAUCUUUGCCUCUGGAGGCAUUUCUUCUGGUUCACGAUCUUCAUCGUCAUUGAAGGCUGUUGCUAUGGAAAGGGUUUUUGGAGGGAGGUAGAACUGUUCCCUUAGGCUUAUUUGAUCCACGUUUGUUGGAGGUGGCUAAUGCUUCCUUUGUCUUCUGACCACCCAUGGCAAAUCCAAACUUGACGAUCUUUGCGAGCGUCCUUGGGAGGUCUGCAGCAGUUUCUUCAGCUUUUCAGCGCUGUGACUGGAACUUUCCCCUCCCAUUACUGGAAGAAAUGUUUACAGUCUUAGUUUUCACAGGUUCUUCUGUUUCUUCGGGUCCUGCAGUGGUUCUGGCUCGCUGCAGCUUGCCAGGUCUCUCUCUCACCUUCUGUCCACUUUCUUCACCACGGCUGCUUCCACACUCGGUGUUUGUUAUCUUUGUAAGACAAGCACUUAAACACUUUACUUAGAAUAUACUGUCACCAGACGUUAGUGUCUCCUUCGUUUUGUACUUAUUUGAGGACAGACUGUCUAUAAUCAGUUUUCUAACAAGAGGAUAUAAGCAAUGUUCUAGAAGUCCUGGUUUUAAAAUAACGUGUUAUUACAGAAUUGAUCUAAGUGCAUUAUGGAUGAGACAUAGGAGAAUAAGAAAACAAAACAUAUACUCCCUGCUCAGAGAUGACCACCACUGGCACUUUACUGAAUAUCCCUCCAGAUUUUUCCCUGUGUAUAUUUAUUUUCUAACAAAAAUAAGCUCAGGUCUGCAAAAUGUUUUAUAGUUCAUCCUUUUAGUUGGCAUUCUUCACUUUCUCAUUCCAGAGUAUUUCUUCAUGCAGUAUUUAGGUUUCCUACUGUACUGGAAUUUGCAGUUAGUUUGUCUAAGGUAUUAAUGACUUUACAUUGUAAUUGGUCAUGUGCUUUACGUCUAUUUCAAUUUAUACAGUUCUUUUGUUUUUUGACAAACACAAACCUGACUUGGACAGUUGCACUGAAGAAUUCCAGUUUGUCAUUGUGUCUGGCUGCUUCUCCCGGUGUUGUUGGGCUUGCUCUGCUAUUCCCCACAUUACCUGCCAUCCAGAAGUCAUAGUUCAAGACACAUGGAUGCUUUCUAUUGCGCCACUCAGAAAAACUAGAAUGUCUAGCUUGCCUACCAUUUACAGUGUGCAGAUGAACUAGCCAAUCCACAUGGCAGUUUGAUCCUUACAUUGGUUUUCUGCUUUGCAUAUUAUCCAUAUGCUGCUUCUUUGACAUUAAAUGGAUGUCACUGCUCAUUAGCCAUUGAACCAGAAAUUAUAACACUGGGUGACAGUCCUUGCUGAAGUGAGUGCUUUUAUUAAAGUCUGUCCAUUUCUGUCUAGCUCUCUCAUUUCUCUUGCAUUUAUUAGCUUGUCAAUCUGUGUACACUCUAGUUUUCCCUCCACAACUUGAAUGAUUUGGUCAUCCUUAAACAUAGAUCUACUGGCAAGGCAGGCUGAAUGUCCCAUGUCCAUGUAAUUAUCAUUUUCAAAGUAGACUUGCUAUCUUUAUAAUUUUAAUGUGCUUCAUAACAUUGUAUUCUUUUAAUGCUCCAAGUGUCACAGCUGUGGCCAGAAAGCUUCACUAUGCAUUGUGCUUUUGUUGGUGAUAGUGAAAUAGCCUUAAAAACCUUUAAGGUCUUUGAGAGCCAACCUCCCAGGUAUAGUUAGCUAUCUUCCUCAAAAGCCUGUAUGUUAUGUUAACGAUUCAUCAAACAGCCUGUGAUGUUUGGAGGUUAAGGGGGCCUUUAAGCUGAUUUCAUCUUGGUUUUUGUUGUUGUUGGGACCUCAAACUCACUAUAAACUCAUGAUCCUCCUCCUUCGGCUCCACAAGCACUGGGGUUCUAGUAUAUGCCAUCAUACCUGGCUUUCUUACACUUCUAACAUCAGUUUAUUCUCAAUAAAUCAAAGAAAGCAUAGGCCAACCUGUCUGAAGUUCUUUCUGCUUAAGAGCUGUUGGAGUUUUGUUUGUUGUGUGUGUUUUGUUUUUAGUUGGGUCUCUAGGACUCACUAUGUAGCUGAGGAUGACCUUGAACUCAUGAUCUUCCUGCUUAACUAGUGCUAGAAUUAGAUGCAUGGGCCACCACACCCAGCUAAGAGUUGCUGUUAUGAGUUUGUCAUUUUGACUUUGUUGUUGUUGUUUCUUAUUGUCACUUUGUUGGUUUUCAUGAAGAUACUGCCCGAAGGAAAAUGUGCAGACCCCAGUAGAAGUGUAUUAACACAGUAUGCUGAGUUCCUCAGUAACUUCAUUAAUAUUCAAUGUAGACCACUUCCUUCUAGUCCUUUACCCUGGCCUGCAUGAAACAGAUUUACAACCAGGUAUUUCUUUGCAGGUAUCACGCGCAAGAUCAGAUACAUCUUCAUUCUGACAGACUGCCUUCUGAAAGAGCAAAUAGUUAUAGAACUUAAGCUUACGGUAGAAACCUUUGUAAAAGAGCCUACAUUAUUUUGGCCACUUAAGUAGAAUCUAAAGCUUUAAGCAAUAUUACAAAACACUUAACUGUGUAUUCCUUAGCACCAGUUUGAAGUCCUAGUGGCCGAGAAAAGUAAUGUUCUACAUUUCACCUGCUUUUAUUUUACUCCAGUUCCAUUUGUAACUUUUAAAAAGUAGAAUCCUAUCAUGUAUAUAAAGAACAAUUUUUCCCCAAGGUUGGAAAAUAUAGUUUUGUUUUAUUAUGCAUCUGAAAACGUUAAAUGUUUAACAUUCCAUCUGUAUGUAAAUACACCCAAGUAUUUUACUCAGAAUUGUUCCAAUGGAAAUUCCGAUUUUAUUCUUUUUUAGCUUUAACUCUUCCCUCUUCCAGGAAGUCAAUGUAUAAACCUGCCUGUUCUCUGUGGGCCUUAGUAACCACUACUGCAUCUUUUCCAAUGCUUUUCCGCCCUUACCCACAUCACCCACAUCAUAAGGCUGGCAGGGGCUCAGUGGGUAAAGGUACAAGCCAAACCCGAUGACUCAAGUUCAAUCCCCAGAACCAACUUCUCCCCCUCUGGCCUCCACAUGGGUUGUGGCACACACACACACAC